GGAAAGAAAAAAGACAAAAAAAGGUCUUUGACAGCUGACUGACAUAAUGUUGUCAUUUGUUAGUUGAAGACCGAAGUUAAGUGCUAAAAAUUGCAAUUUUCUUUAAAACUAUUUCCACAUUUGAUGUAUGAUUUUCAUUAUAAAAUCCGUCCUUGUUUCUACGUGCUUUUAAGGUUAUAAUUAAAAGUUAAUACACUAAACUGUACUUUGUAUAUUAACUUGUGCAAUGUGCAUUUUUUAAGAAUUCUAUCCAUUCUUUUAUUAAACUAGUGAUGCUCAUAAACUGUAAAUUACUAAAUUUUCUAAGCGCAACUAGAAAUUUCAGCAAAGCUAAUAUAUUACGUCCAAAAAGAGUAAAAACUAAAGUAGAUAUGGAGGCAAAGUUUCGUGAAGAUCCUAUUGUACUGAAAUUGGAUACGCCAGAGUUUAAAAAUAUUUUCACUCAGGAAGUGCUAGAUCUAAAAAAGCUAUUUGAUAAAUACAAUUACGAAAUCAGGAUAGCUGGUGGAGCUGUGAGAGAUUUAUUACUAGGCCAGCAAGCAAAAGAUCUAGACUUUGCCACUGUAGCCACCCCCAAGCAGAUGAAGGAAAUGUUCACUGCGGAAAAUAUUCGUAUGAUAAAUAUGAGUGGUGAGAAACAUGGAACCAUCACUCCUAGGAUUAAUGAUAAGGAAAACUUUGAGGUUACUACCUUGCGGAUAGAUAUGAUAACUGAUGGCAGACAUGCUGAGGUUGAAUUUACUAAAGAUUGGAAGUUAGAUGCAAAUAGAAGAGAUCUUACAAUCAAUUCAAUGUUUCUAGGAUUUGAUGGGACUGUUUAUGACUAUUUCUUUGGGUAUGAUGAUUUGCAAAAAAGAAGAAUUGCAUUUGUUGGUGACCCUGAUGUGCGAAUUAAGGAAGAUUUUUUAAGAAUAAUGCGUUAUUUCCGGUUUUAUGGAAGAAUAGCUGAAAAGGCAAACAAUCAUGAUCACCAUUGUUUAGAAAUUAUUAAAGCAAAUGUAGAAGGUUUGCAGAAUGUCUCUGGUGAGAGGAUAUGGAUGGAAUUGAAAAAGACCCUACAGGGUAAUUUUGCUGGUGAUUUAUUAAAAACUAUGUUAAAUGUGGGUAUUGGACAAUGUAUUGGUAUUCCAAAUCCCAAUUUGGAAGAGUUAGACAUUUUACUAAAUAGAUGUUGCCACUUGGAAAUACAUCCUAUGAGUUACUUAGCAGCUCUUCUUAAAAGUAUAGAUGAUGUAACAAUAUUACAUUCCAGGCUAAAGUUUUCUAGUUAUGAGCGUGAUAUGGCAUACUUUAUUGUGGAACAUAGAGGUGAAAAAGAGGGUUCAAGGCCUUUGCUCCCAUAUGAAAAGUUAGUACUAAACACUAAAAUAAAACAAAAAGAUGCUGUUGACUAUGUACGCGAAGUACUAAAAUAUAGAGGAUCUGAAAACUUACUAGAACAGUUUAACAGUUGGGAUAUACCAAGAUUUCCAGUGGAUGGUAAAAUUCUGAAAGACAAUGGAGUUCCUCCAGGCAAGAUGUAUGGGCGAAUUAUAAACAAACUAAAGGAUAUUUGGAUAGACAAUGAAUACAAACAAACCACUGCAGAUUUAGUAAAAUUGUUGCCUAGUAUUAUAGGUGAACAUAAAAAUAAAUAAAUAAUUAACAUUAAAAUACUUUCAUUUCAAA